GGUUUUAACUCCUGACCUCGUGAUCCACCUGCCUCAACCUCCCAAAGUGUUGGGAUUACCGGCGUGAGCCACCGCUCCCGGUCUGACAGUUAUUUCUUACAUGAAAAUACCCAGAUGUUGAACUAAAACCUGAUUUAAGACGAAAUAUAUAAUACCAAAUGGCAUUAUAGAUUUUGCCCAAUUUUCUCAACCCUUUUCUCCUUCACCAUCCUACAGAGAGCUAGAGAUGUUGAAUAGAUAAAGCAAGAUGGGGACCUGAUUUAUUGACUUGUCUGCAAGAGUCUUGUCACUUAAGCAGAAGGAAAUUUGUGGAAACAAAAAAGGGAAAGAGGAUAGAACCAGUUUGUCUAUUAAGAUUACCCAGUAUCUCAUUUAAUUUCCUGCCACUUUCUUUCCUUAAGGUGGGAGUUUUCUUUUUAAUCUUCCUCCCUACAUUUGAGAAUUUUUGAGUGGGGAAUAAAUGUAGCAUACUAUUCUGACUGGUUGAGGGAAGGAAGGAUAGUUUAGUAUUUGUUAAUUCAUUCAAAAUAUUGAGCCUCUGUAAGUACAUUGCAGUCCUGAACGUAAUGACAGGACUCCCAACCUUUUGGAACUUGGGAUGGGAGCAGAAUGCUAAGAAGGGUGUUGAAGGAAAUGCUACAAUGAAAAAGGUAAAUGGGAUCUGAAAGAGGAAUGUAAUUUUAAGAUUGCGCAGAAAGCUCUACAGAAGUAGUGGAGAUUAUAAAGCUUUAGUUUUUUUAUUGUAUUAAUUACAAUAAUAAAAUAUGAUGCUUUAUUACGGUUUUUUAUAUGCAAAGAAAUUUAGUAGUUACACAACCCUAGAGAUACUCAUCCACUGAAGAAGCAAAAGCUUUUCUUCGUUUAUUUCUUUAAGUUGACCUGCCAAAUGUUAUUUUGAUCCCUAUGGUUGUGACUUGUAAAUGUGUGUUUCUUAAAUUUUGUAACUAUUGGGCGUAGAAGGACGAGAUAACUUUUAUCUGGUAAUAAAUUCCCUUCUAACAAAAUAUGAAUGACUGUAAUGAUACCAUUUAAUCAGAUGUCUAGUACUCGUAGUGUGAUUGUGAAAGUUCAAACACCUCAUAUUGAAAUUGAUAUGUAAUAAGUAAUAAAGCUACAAUGAGACAUAAUUUAAUGGUCUUUGCAUCCUAGUGACUUGGAUUCAAGUCUUGAUUUCACCAUUUACAGUUUGUGGGACUUUGAGCAAGUUAUUUAAUGUCUAAUUCUUAGUUUCCUUAACAUGGAAUGAAAAUACUUAACAAUUGCUAGGAAGAUCGGGUAUGCUUAGAAAAGGGGAACUAUAUAACUAGACCCUGGCUAAAAUGAAAAAUUCAUUCAUUGAAAUUGUAUUGAACUCCUUUAUGGCUUUACACUACAGAUAAAUUCAUUAUUAUUGAUUUUUUGUUUUGUUUUAAACCGCCAUGAAAGAUUUCACAACAUUUGAAAUAGAAAACUAAUGAGUUAAAUUCUAUUCGUGUGAGUAUUUUGACUGAAACUACAGAAUCUUUCAGGCAAGGUACAAGAAAUUCAUUUUUUUUUAAGAAAUGGAAUCUAGUUCAUCAGACUACUGUAAUAAAGACAAUGAAGAGGAAAGUUUGCUUGCAAAUGUUGCUUCCUUAAGACAUGAACUGAAGAUAACAGAAUGGAGUUUGCAGAGUUUAGGGGAAGAGUUAUCCAGUGUUAGUCCAAGUGAAAAUUCUGAUUAUGCCCCUAAUCCUUCAAGGUCUGAAAAGCUAAUUUUGGAUGUUCAGCCUAGCCACCCUGGACUUCUGAAUUAUUCACCUUAUGAAAACGUUUGUAAAAUAUCUGGUAGCAGCACUGAUUUUCAGAAAAAGGCAAGAGAUAAGAUGUUUUCAUCUUCUACCCCUGUGGAUCAGGAGAUUAAAAGCCUUCGAGAGAAACUAAAUAAACUUAGGCAACAGAAUGCUUGUUUGGUCACACAGAAUCAUUCCUUAAUGACAAAAUUUGAAUCUAUCCACUUUGAAUUAACACAGUCAAGAGCAAAAGUUUCCAUGCUUGAAUUUGCUCAACAGCAGGCAGCCAGUGUCCCAAUCUUAGAAGAACAGAUUAUAAAUUUGGAAGCAGAGGUUUCAGCUCAAGAUAAAGUUUUGAGAGAGGCAGAAAAUAAGCUGGAACAGAGCCAGAAAAUGGUAAUUGAAAAGGAACAGAGUUUGCAGGAGUCCAAAGAGGAAUGUAUAAAAUUAAAGGUGGACUUACUUGAACAAACCAAACAAGGAAAAAGAGCUGAACGACAAAGGAAUGAAGCACUAUACAAUGCUGAAGAGCUGAGUAACGCUUUCCAACAAUAUAAAAAGAAAGUGGCUGAAAAACUGGAAAAGGUUCAAGCUGAAGAAGAAAUAUUAGAGAGAAAUCUAAUUAACUGUGAAAAAGAAAAUAAAAGGCUACAAGAAAAGUGUGGUCUAUGUAAAAGUGAACUUGAAAUUCUGAAAGAGAAAUUAAGGCAGUUAAAAGAAGAAAAUAACAAUGGAAAAGAAAAACUAAGGAUCAUGGCAGUGAAAAAUUCAGAAGUCAUGGCACAGCUAACUGAAUCUAGACAAAGUAUUUUGAAGCUAGAGAGUGAGUUAGAGAACAAAGACGAAAUACUUAGAGACAAAUUUUCUUUAAUGAAUGAAAACCGAGAAUUAAAGGUCCGUGUUGCAGCACAGAAUGAGCGACUAGAUUUAUGUCAACAGGAAAUUGAAAGUUCAAGGGUAGAACUAAGAAGUAUGGAAAAGAUUAUAUCCCAGUUGCCAUUAAAAAGAGAAUUAUUUGGCUUUAAAUCGUCUCUUUCUAAAUACCAGAUGAGUAGCUUCUCAAACAAGGAAGACCGUUGCAUUGGCUGCUGUGAGGCGAAUAAAUUGGUGAUUUCGGAAUUGAGAAUUAAGCUUGCAAUAAAAGAGGCAGAAAUUCAAAAGCUUCAUGCAAACCUGACUGCAAAUCAGUUAUCUCAGAGUCUUAUUACUUGUAAUGACAGCCAAGAAAGUAGCAAAUUAAGUAGUUUAGAAACAGAACCUGUAAAGCUAGGUGGUCAUCAAGUGGAAAGCGUAAAAGAUCAAAGUCAACAUACUAUGAACAAGCAAUAUGAAAAAGAGAGGCAAAGACUUGUUACUGGAAUAGAAGAGCUACGUACUAAGCUGAUACAAAUAGAAGCUGAAAAUUCUGAUUUGAGGGUUAACAUGGCUCACAGAACUAGUCAGUUUCAGCUGAUUCAAGAGGAGCUGCUAGAGAAAGCUUCAAACUCCAGCAAACUGGAAAGUGAAAUGACAAAGAAAUGUUCUCAACUUUUAACUCUUGAGAAACAGCUGGAAGAAAAGAUAGUUGCUUAUUCCUCUAUUGCUGCAAAAAAUGCAGAACUAGAACAGGAGCUUAUGGAAAAGAAUGAAAAGAUAAGGAGUCUAGAAACCAAUAUUAAUACAGAGCAUGAGAAAAUUUGUUUAGCCUUUGAAAAAGCAAAGAAAAUUCACUUGGAACAGCAUAAAGAAAUGGAAAAGCAGAUUGAAAGACUUGAAGCUCAACUAGAGAAAAAGGAUCAACAAUUUAAAGAACAAGAAAAGACUAUGUCCAUGUUGCAACAAGAUAUAAUAUGCAAACAGCAUCAUCUUGAAUCACUAGAUAGACUCUUGACGGAAAGCAAAGGGGAAAUGGAAAAGGAAAAUAUGAAGAAAGAUGAAGCUUUAAAAGCAUUACAGAACCAAGUAUCUGAAGAAACAAUCAAGGUUAGGCAACUAGAUUCAGCAUUAGAAAUUUGUAAGGAAGAACUUGUCUUGCAUUUGAAUCAAUUGGAAGGAAAUAAGGAAAAGUUUGAAAAACAGUUAAAGAAGAAAUCUGAAGAGGUAUAUUGUUUACAGAAAGAGCUAAAAAUAAAAAAUCACAGUCUUCAAGAGACUUCUGAGCAAAACAUUAUUCUACAGCAUACUCUUCAGCAGCAGCAGCAAAUGUUACAACAAGAGACAAUUAGAAAUGGAGAGCUGGAAGAUACUCAAACUAAACUUGAAAAACAGGUGUCAAAACUGGAACAAGAACUUCAAAAACAAAGGGAAAGUUCAGCUGAAAAGUUGAGAAAAAUGGAGGAGAAAUGUGAAUCAGCUGCACAUGAAGCAGAUUUGAAAAGGCAAAAAGUGAUUGAGCUUACUAGCACUGCCAGGCAAGUAAAGCUUGAGAUGGAUCAGUACAAAGAAGAGCUGUCUAAAAUGGAAAAGGAAAUAAUGCACCUCAAACGAGAUGGAGAAAAUAAAGCAAUGCACCUCUCUCAAUUAGAUAUGAUCUUAGAUCAGACAAAGACAGAGCUAGAAAAGAAAACAAAUGCUGUAAAGGAGUUAGAAAAGUUACAGCACAGUACUGAAACUGAACUAACAGAAGCCUUGCAAAAACGGGAAGCACUUGAGACUGAACUACAAAAUGCUCAUGGAGAAUUAAAAAGUACUUUAAGACAACUCCAGGAAUUGAGAGAUGUACUACAGAAGGCUCAGUUAUCAUUAGAGGAAAAAUACACUACUAUAAAGGAUCUCACAGCUGAACUUAGAGAAUGCAAGAUGGAGAUUGAAGACAAAAAGCAGGAGCUCCUUGAAAUGGAUCAGGCACUUAAGGAGAGAAAUUGGGAACUAAAGCAAAGAGCAGCUCAGGUUACACAUUUGGAUAUGACUAUUCGCGAACACAGAGGAGAAAUGGAACAAAAAAUAAUUAAAUUAGAAGGUACCCUGGAGAAAUCAGAAUUGGAACUUAAAGAAUGUAACAAACAGAUAGAAAGUUUGAAUGACAAGUUACAAAAUGCUAAAGAACAGCUUCGAGAAAAAGAGUUUAUAAUGCUACAAAAUGAACAGGAGAUAAGUCAACUGAAAAAAGAAAUCGAAAGAACACAACAAAGGAUGAAAGAAAUGGAGAGUGUUAUGAAAGAGCAGGAACAGUACAUUGCCACUCAGUACAAGGAGGCCAUAGAUUUGGGGCAAGAAUUGAGGCUAACCCGGGAGCAGGUGCAGAACUCUCAUACAGAAUUGGCGGAGGCUCGUCGUCAACAAGUCCAAGCACAGAGAGAAACAGAAAGGCUCUCUAGUGAACUGGAGGAUAUAAAGCAACUCUCUAAAGAGAAAGAUGCUCAUGGAAACCAUUUAGCUGAAGAAUUGGGGGCUUCUAAAGUACGUGAAGCUCAUUUAGAAGCAAGAAUGCAAGCAGAAAUCAAGAAAUUGUCAGCAGAAGUAGAAUCUCUCAAAGAAGCUUAUCAUAUGGAGAUGAUUUCACAUCAAGAGAACCAUGCAAAGUGGAAGAUUUCUGCUGACUCUCAAAAGACUUCUGUUCAGCAACUAAAUGAACAAUUAGAGAAGGCAAAACUGGAAUUAGAAGAAGCUCAGGAUACUGUAAGCAAUUUGCAUCAACAAGUCCAAGAUAGGAAUGAAGUAAUUGAAGCUGCAAAUGAAGCAUUACUUACUAAAGAAUCAGAAUUAACCAGAUUACAAGCCAAAAUUUCUGGACAUGAAAAGGCAGAAGACACCAAGUUUCUACCAGGCCCAUUUACAUCUCCAACAGAAAUUAUGCCUGAUGUUCAAGAUCCAAAAUUUGCUAAACAUUUUCACACAUCUUUUUCCAAGUGUACAAAAUUACGUCGCUCUAUUAGUGCCAGUGAUCUUACUUUCAAAACUCAUGGUGAUGAAGAUCUUUCUGAAGAAUUACUACAGGACUUGAAGAAAAUGCAAUUAGAACAGCCUUCAACAUCAGAAGAAAGCCGUAAGAAUCUGACUUACACCCAGCCAGACUCAUUUAAACCUCUCACGUAUAACCUAGAAGAUGAUAGUUCUGAGAGUAAUGACUUUAGCACGCUUAGUGGGAUGCUAAGGUACAUAAACAAAGAAGUAAGACUAUUAAAAAAGUCUUCUAUGCAGACAGGUGCUGGUUUAACUCAGGGAGAAAAUGUGUAAUUAAAAGAAGAUACCGAUAUGUUGAAAAAAAUGGAAUUUUUGGUACUGUGCUGUGUUUACUUAUUAUAUGUAGCUCAUACUUCAUAGAAGCUGUUAUUUUGCUUUUGAAUAAAUUUUAUAUUUCAAUAUUUUAAAAGAAAGC